AUGAGGCUCCGAUCCCAGCGUCCAGGCCUCUGGAUGCUGGUGUUGGGUCUCUCCCGCUUCCAACUCGCUCUCGCUGUUGGCGGAUGGUCUGGAGGGCCAUGCCUCAGCACCUGCCAGCUAUGGCUGAGCCAGGUCCCCUUCGACGAUACACCGCCCGACGCGGAAUACUGGGCGAGACGGUGCCACGGCAUGUUGGCCAUUACCUCGCUCUACCUAUGCGCCGACCGAUUAUGUCCCGAUGAAGACCUCGUCUCGGGGUUGCGUGCGCUUAACGAAACUUGCCAGACAUCGUAUAACUCGUCGCUGCCGUCGUUCGAUCUCAUCGCCGGGUAUACGGAGGAAGACUUCGCGAGGAUACCGAAGAUAGACCCGGCCGACCAUCCUCCGAAGGGCUCCGUGGCUGAAGUGGUUCUCCCGUCAGGCCCGCUGUUCAAGCUGGCGAGCGAUACUUUGUCGGCUGUAGGUUAUGUGCACAGACGCCACCUCCUAUACGCACUCGCCGUCUUCGCAUUUUGGAUCGGUGCGAUGAUAAUUGGCAUUCUUUUCCGCCUGAUCCCCAUCAUCCGCGAUUCCGAACCGAAACCACGACCGAUCCCCAUAAAUGAGCAAGAAGAGGCUUUCGCGCCGUUGACCUCGCAAGUAAAGCCACGCCCGCUCGACUAUCCGUCACUGUACCUGAAGCGCUUUGUGACAGUACCCGCAACUUUUGGAUAUAAGUGCCUGCAAAACGUCGGGUGGUGCACCAUCCCGCCGCGGGUAGAGUCGCUCAUCAUCCUCGUGUUUAUCGCUGUGAAUACCCUUCUUUGUGUUACAGGGUAUCCGAUCUUCGUGGGAAAUCUUUACUUCCCCACUAUAUGGACGCAAUCUUGGCGCUACGUCGCUGACAGGACUGGUAUCCUGUCCGUUGCAAACUUUCCCCUCAUCUGGAUAUUCGGAAUGAGGAACAAUUUGCUGAUGGGGCUUACGGGAUGGCACUUCGGCACGUUCAACAACUUCCAUCGGUGGAUUGCCAGAGUCGCGACCCUGCAGGCGGUGAUCCAUUCCAUCGGCUACACCGUUCUGGUAUUUGACGACGGCGGCUGGCCGCUGUUUGGGUGGUACUGGACGGAAUAUUUCUGGUGGACAGGGGAAGUUGCCACCAUCUCUAUGUGUGCAAUUCUUGCCUUUUCCGUAUUUUGGAUGCGGCGGCAGCUUUAUGAAGCAUUUCUCGCCCUGCACAUCGUUCUGUCGAUAAUCGUUGUCAUAACCAUGUUUGCACAUGUUUCCAUUUUUAACGGCCAGUUCGACGCGCCGAUGUGGAUUUGCGUCGUUAUAUGGCUCGGCGACAGACUCCUUCGUCUGUCCCGCGUAUUCGCUUUCAACCCUCGGUUCUGGGACAGUUGCGCCAAGAUGACGUACCACAGCGAGUCCAAUACUGUUCGACUCGUCGUCCCUUGCUCGACGAGCAUAUAUAAGCCAGCUCCUGGCACAUUCUAUUACAUCUAUGUACUCAAUGCUAGCCGGCCCUGGGAGAGCCAUCCUUUCACGAUGGCAUAUACGACACCUGAGCGAGACGUUUCGCAGAUGGAGCGUGUUUCUCUCCUCCAGGGAGACCCUCGCCAGCAGGAUCUGCACAAUCAAUGCGACCCGACCGAGGAGGAGGCUGAGGCAUCGAUGACUUUUCUCAUCCGUCCGUACGACAGCUUCACGGCUAGGAUACGGAAUAUGGCGGCGGAAGGGGAAACGAUAGCUCGCGUGCUCAUCGAGGGUCCGUACGGUUCGACGCACGCUUUUGACAAAUUCGAACACCUGCUGUUUAUCGUCGGAGGUAGCGGGAUAGUAGUACCGUUAUCCUACCUCGAGCAGCUCAACCGCGCCCUGACCGUCAAGUCGGUCACGAUCGUUUGGUCGGUUAGGGAACCCGCAUUUGUCGAGGAAGUGCUACGCCACGACAUCCCCGCAGGAUUGCUCGACGGCAAGAUCAACAUGGAGGUCUUCCUUACUAGGGGCUUCUCGAACAAUAGCGACGAUGACGGGCCUCCGGAGUGGUCAAAGGAGGUCAAUGCCGUUCCCGGCAGGCCUGACGUCUACUCGACGGUAGAAUACGCCGCGUAUAGCUCGGACGGCGGAAGCUUGGCCAUUAUCUCGUGCGGGCCGGCCAAGAUGGCGGAUGACUCGCGGCAGGCGGUCGUCGCGAUGUUAGAACCGUCUGAGACUGCUACUACGGAAACUGCCUCUAAGCACGACACGCACCUUGACCCCGCUGAGAAGCCACCGCGUAAACAAGCAAAGGGAUCUGGAGGACAUAAGAGCAAGAUGGAGAUUUCCUCGCCCGCCAUGAAGGAGGAGACUGAAGCAACUGGGGUGAAGCAAGAAGAGGGUGUCACAACACAGAAUCAGGGCCAGUCGUCCAAGCACCCGUUACUGCCCCAUUGUCUCGAACUCGGUAUCAUCUAUUUCUACUUCCGCCCUCGCGUUGGACAACAAGCUCCGCAGGGUGUAGAUGACAUGGCCCGCUCGUACAUUGUGCUCCGGCCAAUUGAGAACUUCGACGAGCCCUUGAGCGAUGACGGCAAGAGCAGAGUGUGCAUCAUCCCCAAAAAGAUUCUGCCUAUGACAGGUCGAGAGCGGUGGAUUGGGUUCGUGGGUAAAGGCAACGAACCGUAUUCGAAAGCCACACAGGAGGAUUUGUCGGCUCGGGGGUACGACACUAAGACGCGCGGUGAGAGGCAAAUACCUGCUGCGAUGCUCAUAGGAGCUGGGGUAUACGCGCUGUCCAAGGGGGGCAGGGGAAACAACCUUGUUUACAUCCUCUCCCAGCCGAAGGAACUGGGCGAGGCCCAGAUCGAUAUGGGAUUGAAGCCGCGCGGAUACUUUACAAUCAGUACGCGCAACCCGGAAUACCCCGCGCCGAAGGGCGUCGCGUUUCCAGAAGGGCCGAAUAUCAUGAAUGAUUUCCGUUCGCUUCGGUGGAUCCCGACCGAGCCUCGUCAUCUUGACUACGACAUGACGCAGUUCCUCCUGAUCGGCCAUACGUCAGGGCUCGACCAAGCGUUCACGGGCAGACAGCGGAGGCGCAGGAAGGUCUUGGAAGUAAAGGAGGAGCCCGUCGAAGGUGAAGAGGAUAUUCCUGAGGAUUUGGGUGAGGAGGAGAUUGCGGAGUUGAUGGCGGGUCUCGAAAAAUACGUUGGGAAACUGCCUAAGGUUGAAAUAUCGUACUAA